AAAGGGACCCAGAACUCCUUGACAUUAAAGAAGAACCAGUCUGGACCACUGAAGAGACAAAGCAGGCUGAUGGACUGGAGGAGGAAAUCACCACCUACCAAAUGACCACACUUAAUGUAAAGACGGAAGAAGAUGAAGAGAAAUAUCCGUCCCCACAACUUCAGAAGCAAACUGAAGAAAACACAGUAGCAGAUCUUCCAAACAGCAGCUCAGCUGAACAGAUUAAAGAACAAGCCAGAAACCCAAGUCAAAAUACUAGUGGAACAAGUUGUGCAUCAUCUGAAACCGAGGUCAGUGAGGAUGAAGAUGCCAGUUAUGAUGAUUAUCGGAAAUCUUUGUCAGAUUCUGGAUCUGAAAUCGGAGACAGGGGCAGUGGUUGUCAGAUGAGCAAGGCACCAACGACAAGUGAAAAAAGCGAUAUAACAUGUAAUGCUGCCAAAAUAGUCUUUAGCUGCUUUGAAUGUGGAAAAGAAUUUCUUACUAAGUGGUCUCUCCAAAGACACAUGAGAAGUCAUCCAGUAAACAGGUCAUCAAGGUGUCUGACAAAGAAUGAGUGUUUGAAAAUGAGUCAAAAAUUAGAUACAAAGAUGAGAGUCCACACAGGAGAGAAGCCAUUUGGUUGUGAUGUUUGUGGUAAAAGGUAUAAGCAGCAUUGCGAUCUUAAAACACACAUGAGAGUCCACACAGGAGAGAAACCAUUUGGUUGUGAAGUUUGUGGUAAAAAGUAUAAGCAGCAUGGCCAUCUUAAAACACACAUGAGAGUCCACACAGGAGAGAAGCCAUUUGGUUGUGAUGUUUGUGGUAAAAGGUAUAAGCAGCAUUGCGAUCUUAAAACACACAUGAGAGUCCACACAGGAGAGAAACCAUUUGGUUGUGAAGUUUGUGGUAAAAAGUAUAAGCAGCAUGGCCAUCUUAAAACACACAUGAGAGUCCACACAGGAGAGAAACCAUUUGGUUGUGAAGUUUGUGGUAAAAAGUAUAAGCAGCAUGGCCAUCUUAAAACACACAUGAGAGUCCACACAGGAGAAAAGCCAUUUGGUUGUGAAGUUUGUGGUAAAAGGUAUAAGCAGCAUUGCGAUCUUAAAACACACAUGAGAGUCCACACAGGAGAGAAACCAUUUGGUUGUGAAGUUUGUGGUAAAAAGUAUAAGCAGCAUGGCCAUCUUAAAACACACAUGAGAGUCCACACAGGAGAAAAACCAUUAGGUUGUGAAGUUUGUGGUAAAAGGUAUAAGCAGCAUAGCGAUCUUAAAACACACAUGAGAGUCCACACAGGAGAGAAGCCAUUUGGUUGUGAUGUUUGUGGUAAAAGGUUUACACAGCAUUUUAAUCUUAAACGACACAUGAGAGUCCACACAGGAGAAAAGCCAUUUGGUUGUGAAGUUUGUGGUAAAAGGUAUAAGCAGCAUGGCCAUCUUAAAACACACAUGAGAGUCCACACAGGAGAAAAGCCAUUUGGUUGUGAAGUUUGUGGUAAAAGGUUUACACAGCAUUUUAAUCUUAAACGACACAUGAGAGUCCACACAGGAGAGAAACCAUUUGUCUGUGAAUCUCUGGGUUAAGAUUUUGAUAUGUCAUUGGUCUUAAGACAUGCAUAAAACAUAGAAUAAGAAGUGCAUAUUUACAGAUAGACGUGAAAGAUUAGCUGUAUGUAUUGAACAAAAAAUGAGAAAUUUGAAAAAAAAUUGUAUUGAACUGUAUUUUAUAAGAAAUACUCAGUAUUGUAUUGUAGUGUUUUAUUUUUUAUUUACUGUUAUUUCUUCUUUUUUUAUCCAUGAAGGCAUUCAAAAUAAGGUACCAUAAUCUCUGCAACAACAAUUAAAGCAGCAAAUAUUAGAACAUAGAUCUGCUGAUCUCAGAUCUUCAGAGGUUUAUCAUUACAAAUACGCCACUUGUACACUGUUUAUGAAAGUACUAAAAUGUAAUUCUGUUGUUUUUCUGAAGUUGUUCAUCUAAGUAUAUUAAAAGUAACUGUUCUUAGAUACUUUUAUGAUUGUCUGUUAAUUAGAACUGUGAUGUUUAAAUAAAGAUGUUCAUAAACAAAAGCUAA